AGCACCGGUUUACCUGCGGACUGUUAUGAUCCGUAUGAUGUGCAUGCAUCAUGCACGUUAUGUUCUUUUGACUGUACUGUACUGGGCCGGCCACAGCAGGUCAUGGAGAGCCACAUGUAGAUGUACACUCAAGAAAAGGUUGUUCGACUUCUUGUUGUUCCUUGCACCUAUACCUGCAGGUUUAUUCAGGGCUUUGCUUUGUUAUUACAAGAAAACAGACGAGACAACACCCGUCGUUCUUCUGUUGCACGAAACAGAUUGCUAUGAGUGCAGGUAUGCGCAGGGUGUGGUUUGCCUUGCUUAUGGGCGUCUGCAUCGGGCUCAUGCCGUCCCUCGUCAGCUACAUGAGAGCAAACAGCAACAGCAGCAACGAGUCCGUCGUUAGGCAGGUUUACCGUGGCUCCAACGAAGUGGCCUCCCUGUACGGCCGGGAGAAUGUGCAGGCCGCAUCGCGAGUACAAUCUCUCAACAAAGACAUAUCUAGUGAUGUUGGCAAUCCCGCCGAGCCUCGGAAGAUCCUCCUGGAUUGCGGAGCCAAUGUGGCGUCGACAGUGCAGCUGUUUCGGGAGACAUACCCCAAGGGCCAUGAGUACACCAUCCACUCCUUUGAGAUUGAUGACCGGCUGGCCCCCUACUUCAAACCCUACAGGAAUCAUCACUUGCACUGCCCCGUGGGCGUGGCUGGCAAAGAUGGGAAUAUGACGGCUUAUUCAGAGGCAGCCUGGGGACCAGACAAAGGACUGAACAACGGAAAAGAUAUGCAGUGGGGCGGCGGCUCGCUCUUUGUCUCAAACAGAGAAAAAGCAGAUGCAAAAACGGGCGGCAUUCGGAAGCUGUCCUACCGUAAGCUCAUUCCGACCAUCGAUCUGGCCAGGUGGAUCAAAGACACUUUCACUGUGGAUGAUUACGUCAUCCUGAAGCUGGACGUGGAAGGCGCAGAAUACGACAUACUUCGCAACAUGGUGGACCACGGUGCAUUCAAAUACAUAGACAAGUUCUACGGGGAGUAUCAUGACAGUCAGCCCACAGGCUGGAGCCAUGCCGACAAGAGCAAGCUGAGGGAGGACAUCAAAAAUUUAGGCUUCACCAUGAUUGACUGGAUAGGGGAGCGGAGAACGUACACAGACUUUGAGGGAAUACACACAGUGAAGGUACCAGCCGACACUCCAGGCACGGCUGGCCAGAUCUACUCAAAUUGCCAUGACAACCAGGUGGCUGUGAUCGUGGCCGUGGGCAUGAACCUAAAGAGAGCCCACAAGGUGGUGGCCACGCUGGUUGGCUACCGGCUGGCCCUGCCAAUCACCCUGUUCCUCUAUGGGGACUUUGUGGAGCAGCAUCCAGAGGUGGUCAAGGCGUGGGCGGGCCACUUCCAGAUCGGUAUCCGGGAGGACGGGCCCAGCCCACCGGGCCACCUAGAGCUCAUGCCGUGGGAGUGGCUGCGGAUGGGCCUGGUCAGUGCCAUCCUGCAGCUGGAGGAGCUGGGCGUGGCAGCCGCCUACUACCUGCCCAGCGUCCAGGGCCAGGACUCACUGGACUCCAAGUUUACAAACACGGCUAGUGCCCGGGGCCUAAGGGUGAUAAGACCCACUGUGGAGUUCCCCGCAAAGUCAGGGUCAGGCGUGCUGACCUUUGACAGCUACUACAAGUACCGGGACGUGGAGCGGGUGCCGAAAGCCCUGCGCAAGAUCCACGAGGAGCUGGCCAAGACCAAGGGGGGCAUCCUGAGCCUGGACACGGACCUCCCAGACACCUACAUGAACUCGGUGUUCCUGAUGGACUACCUGGUGGAGAACUCCGGAUUCAAGCUGGUUUAUUUACCAGAAUGCAUUGCCAGCUCAGGCUAAAGGGUGGUGGAAAAAACAAACAGAAAAGUGUGCUUUUUAUAAGUUUUUAGUUUCCAAUUAUUUAUUAAAUUCUUUCAGUUAAAAAAAUUUAUUUGGAGUUGGGCUCGGAUGUGGCAAGUGACGAUGUGCAUGCUUCGGAGUUCACUGGGAUUUUAGGUUAAAAUUAUCGAGCAUGCACAUUGAACUUGUGUUGAAGAUAAGAAACCUGAUGAAGUUGGUAAAAACUGCCAUAGCACACCAUGUCAUAACAUUCUUUACGACUCAGUGCAAAAUGUCUUGAUUCGGAGGUCACAUUUUUGCUCUGGUUCAAGAUUGUUCGAGCUCGAAGUUCACCUGACAGGCCAAGGCAUACUUGGAAAAGCAGACCCUACUUUGGCAGGACUGUGUUACAUUGUUAGCAGAGGUUGUCCUACAUUCAUGAAACGGAUGUGUUGCUGAAAAACUUCUCAGGGGUUACGGGGAUAGACUGAUCUGGUCAAUUGAAAACCGUACGCCACGGCAAAGGCGUAAGCACUUUGCCAGCAACAGCUCAAGGGGAAAAAAGUUAAGGGCCUGCUCUUUUGUGCAAUAACAAGUACAGUGCUGGCAGGGAUGCCCUUUCGAUUGUGUAUAUUUGGUUGCCAUUUUCCUGGUUUGGGAAUACUCCAUUGAGCGAAACUUGAUCACACCCAAGGACCUAAGACUGGUCUUACUUUAUUGGCUGCUUGACUUGGGGUCCGUAGACCACUUGCUGGUGUGCGUGUUGAAAAACACAUAAAUAUGCAGCACUUUGUGCGUUUUGUUGAUUUAGUUACUGUUUUCCCUUUUUUAUUAAAAUUUCUCUUUCCACUCUUAAUUGUGCAACGCAACUCACUCAGCGAAGUUUCCUUUUAUCACUCAACUGUCCUACGCAAAGCAACUCACUCAGCGAUGUUCUCUUUCCUCUUUCAAUCUUGCCAUGCAAAGCAACUCACUGAGCAAUAU